AUGUCAACUGACAACAUGAAUAACAUGCAAACUCCUCUCAACGGAGGAGGCAACGACAAUCAAAACACUCUGGAAGCGGCCGUCUCCACGGCCAACGCAACUGCUAACGCCGCGACGCUCGAGGAGUUCAAAAAGAUGUUCUCCGCCUACGAAAAGAGGUCGGAAGAACAGGACAAACUCGUGGAUACCUUGACGAAAAAGGUCCAAACCUUAACGGCAAGGACCCGUGCUGUCCUCCCCCGUGGAUCUACGAAAAUCCGCAUAAGAAAACUCGACUUCACAACCCCACUCGAAAGGCCUGGAACAUCGCGGGAACGUCCUCUACCCCCUGCAAAGGACACAGAGGUCGAUGAAGUCGAGCAUGUCGACUUGGAUCCCAGCAUCGUCUCCAACGAUACCGAGGACGACGCUGACAGACAUCCAAGAAGAACCAGAAGCCGAUUGGCUCGGGAGGGCUCCCCGUUCGAAAAACCAAUGACGGAAGAAGAGGAAAACCUCUACUGGAUCGAACAGGAGGAGCUGGCCAAGAAACAGGCCGAGAUUACUCGCAGCAAACGCCGACAAGCUCGGAAAUUUGCUGGCGAGAAAUCGGACAUACGCGACCUUCGCGACUGCAUAACCAAAACUGCAGCGGAAGUAAGGGCCGUGAAAUCCCAGAUCCAUCAUGCUACCAGCGCUGCCCCAGAGAUCGAUAGACUGCUCGAGGGGGCUCGGAAGAAACCCUUCACCGCUCGCAUCUCUGAUACAAGGGUAUCUGACCCAGGAAAAAUCAAAGUACCAAAGUACGAUGGUAGGACUGAUCCUAAAGCGCGCCUUCAGGCUUUCCACAUCACGAUGGGAAGGGCCAGACUGAAGGAUAGCGAAAAGGACGCCGGCUACUGCCGUCUGUUCGUCGAAAAUCUGGAAGGAGUGGCGCUCAAAUGGUUCGCACGCCUUAAGCGAACCUCCAUCGGAAGUUUCCGACAGUUCGCGUCGGAAUUUCUCAAACAAUACUCUAUGUUCAUAGAUAGAGAAACACCCGAUGUCGACCUCUGGAGUCUUUCCCAGAGGGAAGACGAACUCCUCCGUGAGUUCAUAAGCCGGUUCAAGCUGGUUAUGUCAAGGGUUAGCGGGAUAAGUGACAAGAUGUAG